AUGCCUAGACCUCAAAGCAACACUUCUGUUCUAGAUCCAUCUGCAAAGAAUGAUCCUCAUUGUGACGAGAAGGGUAAAGAACCCAGCAGCUCCUGGAAUCAGAGAAGUGACAGAGUUUUUACACAGCAGCAACCUCCGAAUCCUUAUGCCGCGGUGGCACCUUCAUCCUCCAUCAGUUCUUCCUCUCAAUUGAGGGCCCUGCUUCAUGAUAGCAAACAGGCAGUGGUCAUACACCCGCUCUCCAGGGGCCCCGUCUCCCGGUCUCCCGUCAUCCGUCUGUCUCCUGUUUCUUCAUCCGCAAUACUGAACCUUCAGCCCGCGAGGCUUUUGCCCGUUAUCGGCAAACAGAAACAACAGCUUCCCGUAAUGCAUGGAUUCAAUCUAACCAGCCUUGGGUGGGUUCAGGAGCAAACAUGUCUCAACAAACCUGGAGAAGUCACUAGCGGUAAGAAAAGCUUAGCUUCUGGAUCUCGGCAUCAUCCACCAUCCCAAGACGUAGAGUCGCGCCACAAAAAAUGUCCUGGUGAAGAAAAGUCCGAGGAAAGCACUGAAGUCAUCUCCUCUCUGAGUUAUGGAGGAGUCUGCAAAUUUGCUGACUGUGAGAAGAUAUUUGAAGAUCACGGCCUUUUCCUCAGGCACCUGCACAGCGAUCACAACUUGAGUGAUAAAAGCACCAUGGAAUGCCUUAUCCAGACCGAAGUGGUUCACAGUCUAGAGGAGCAGUUGGCGGUGGAGAAGCAGAGGCUCCAUGAGAUGCAGAGGCUGAUGACUGAUAAACUUAACGCUCAGGCAGUCCAUGUUCCUAAGCAGAAGGAGCAUAACCUGAUUCUCCACAGGCCAAGGGUCUCCGCAUGGUCUGGUCUGAAUGUGUCUGUCCCAGUUGGAAAAGAAUUCCCCGACAGCAUUCUGGCUGUCAGAAGACAUCUCUGGGAAGGUAGCAGCAUCAAUAUAUUUCAGGACAUGACAAACUGUACUGAAUAUUACAAAGUAAACAAUGUCAGACCGCCGUUCACGUACGCCUCUCUCAUUCGAUGGGCUAUUCUGGAAUCCCCGCAGAAACAAUUGGCAUUAAAUGAGAUCUAUCACUGGUUUACCAGAAUGUUUGCGUUCUUCAGAUCCAACAAGAUUACAUGGAAGAACGCAGUGCGACACAACCUCAGCCUCCAUAAAUGUUUUGUGAGAGUGGAGAACAUAAGGGGCGCCGUGUGGAUGGUCGACGAGUUGGAAUUCCAGAGGAAGAGAGGAGCGAGAAGUUCCCGCUGAGCAACAACGUGGCUGCCCCUCUUUAAAACUUCAGCACAGGGUCUCCUUGUGUUCAAACCUCCCCCCAUAUAUAACCAAUAAUUCUCCCACCUGGCAGUAAAGUCUCGCUGGCCUUGUAUCCAUGUCUACACCUCAAUACAGAGCUAAUUGAGCGCUUGGAAUGCGAA